AUGGGGAAAACGUCGCGAGACAAACGGGAUAUUUAUUAUAGACUUGCGAAAGAAUACAAAUGGAGAGCAAGAAGUGCUUUUAAGCUCAUGCAAAUCGACGAUGAAUUUCAUAUUUUAAAAGGUCAGUUUUUUCGAUAUUUGAAAUCUAUCAUAUUUUUGUUUUUAUUGUAAGAUAUCUGUCAAUUUAGUUAAUAUUCGAAUCAUUUAAAGGUGUAACCAAAGCUGUCGAUCUUUGCGCUGCUCCUGGAAGUUGGUCUCAAGUACUAUCAAAAAGAUUAUAUGAAGUUGAUGAAAACGCAAAAAUCGUGGCGAUAGAUCUUCAACCAAUGGCUCCGAUUCCUGGAGUUAUUCAAAUGCAAGGAGAUAUCACUUCGGUAACUAAUUUUAUACAAUAAAAAAAGACAUCUGAAAUUUUCAGGAAGAAACCGCCAACCGGGUUAUUGAACAUUUUUCUGGUGAAAAAGCUGAUAUUGUCAUUUGUGAUGGAGCUCCAGAUGGUAACAAGUAUACCCCUCCAGCCGCUCGUCAUUGAGCGGCUUGAAGCGGCUCCCGAGCCGAGCGAGCCGCUCGCUCGAGCGCCUAAGCCGCUCGAGCCAACGAGCGGCUUGAAUGGCUUGAGCCGCUGAGCGGCUAGAGCCAUUGGAGCCGCUCGAGCAUGGAGCCGCUCGAGCGCCUCAGCGGCUUAGGCGCUCGAGCCACCAAGCCGCUCAAGCCGCUGAGGCGCUCGAGCGGCUCGCUCCAUUUUCAAAAAAUUUUUUUCUAUACGAAAAUUGUGAAACAGUGGUUUUUUCAUAAUUUUUGGGUACUUCGAAAAUGAAAUAUUUGUAUUGGGACAUGGUCCUUGGGUCAUGAAAAAAUUUUUUUAAUUUGAAAAAAGUGGGCGGGGCUUAUUUUUCAGUUUAGAGCUGAAAACACUAAAAAAUUCAAAAAUUCAAAAUUUACCAAAAAACUUUCUGGUUUUUUUCUAGAUGAUUUUUUAAUGCUUUUGAUGAUGAAAAACACUUCAAAUUUUCAGAUAGCUGACAAAUUUCAGCUUUUUUCCGGCUUGAAAUAUCAAAAAAUAAAGACAUAAUUGCAGAUUUUCGAUAAAAAAUAGCUGAAAAUCGUCAGUUAUCCGAGAAUUUUGUGUAUUUUUAUCGUCAAAAACAUUCAAAAAUAAACUAGAAGUCAUCUGAAAAAAAACCAGAAAGUUUUUGGUAAAAUUUAAAUUUUUUGAUUUUUUAGUGUUUUCAGCUUUAAACUGAAAAAUAAGCCCCGCCCACUUUUUUUCAAAUUAAAAAAAUUUUUUCAUGACCCAAGGACCAUGUCCCAAUACAAAUAUUUCAUUUUCGAAGUACCCAAAAAUUAUGAAAAAAACCACUGUUUCACAAUUUUCGUAUAGAAAAAAAAAUUUUUUUUGAAAAUGGAGCGAGCCGCUCGAGCGCCUCAGCGGCUUGAGCGGCUUGGUGGCUCGAGCGCCUAAGCCGCUGAGGCGCUCGAGCGGCUUAGCGAGCGAGCGGCUCGAAUGGCUCUAGCCGCUCAGCGCCUCAAGCCAUCCAAGCCGCUCGUUGGCUCGAGCGAGCGCCUCGUUUUGAGCGGCUAAGCGAGCGGCUGGAGGGGUAUAGUAACAAGUUUUUUUUUGUUUUAUUUUAAAUCAAAUUUUUAAAAAUUCAGUUACUGGGAUUCAUUCACUCGAUGAAUUCAUGCAAGCUGAAUUGAUUUUGGCCGCUUUCAAUAUCACCUCACAUGUUCUGAAAAAUGAUGGAACAUUCUUGGCAAAGGUAGAAAUGAACACAGAUUUUUUGAAACGAAAAAAAAUACUUCAGGUUUUCCGAUCGAGAAAUUCGAGUUUGUUAUAUGCUCAACUGAAAAAGUUUUUCAAACACGUUUAUUUGGCAAAACCAAGAAGCAGCCGACAAUCGAGUUGUGAAGCAUUUGUUCUUUGUAAAAACUAUGAUCCACCUGCUGGAUUUGUUCCAACUAUGAAAAGAACACAAUUGGGUAGGUGUUUCGAAGUUUUUUUUUGAAAUUACAAAAUAAAUCUGAUUUAUUAGAUGUUACUGAUCCGGCUGAACUUUCUGCUGAUGUUAUUGAUGGAUUUGUGACUUGUGGUGAUUUGAGUGGCUGGGAUUCUGAACAAUCAUAUUCUUUGGAUAUUGAAACAUCUUAUCCGAAAGGUUCAGAGAAAGAUGCAUCAAAGUAUGAUUUUUUGGUUUUUUCUUAAUGAUUUCAAUAUGAUUUUCGUUCUAGCCAAUACGAAUUCAAAGAUGUAGUUCAACCUCCAACUGAACCAGCAUAUAAAGAAGCAUUGGCUAUGAAGAAAAUGGGAAUUUUCUCAAAACUUGAACAUGAUUUGGAAAAAGCGGUAAGAUUCUUGAAAUCCACCGAGAAAAACAUACCCUGAAUUUUUCAGCAUAAAUUGGCUGUUGCAAAGGAAGGAGCUGAAAGGCAAGAAAAAUCGCAGGAGGAAAAAGGAAACAUUGGGUUGGAUGAUAAAUUAGUCGAGGGAAUCGAAAGUAUUGUUUUGGAUAAUUGA